UAAGCCAUUAUGUUUAGAGCUUUCAGCACCAGAAGAUAUGAAAGAUUGGGCGACGCAGGUGGAAGCGAACACCACCACCACCACCACGAACCUUGUUCACUUGGAGGCGAUAUGUUCGAUGUGAAGUUGAGAAGGGUCAGUAGCUUGCCGGUCAAAAUUUUCACCUCUACUUCCCGAAAACUGGGGCAGGAUUCCAAUAAUGCUCCGGCCAAGCCGACGUCGGCGGCGAAAAAGGCGGCGGGGAAGGUUCAUCCUAUAUUGAGUCUGUUGGAUCUUCGGCGGAGGAAGAAGGCGACGGCCAAGCCGGAGUUUGCAAGGUACUUGCAGUAUAUCAAGGAAGGAGGUGUUUGGGAUGCCAAAUCUGAUAAGCCAUCAAUUUACUAGUGAUCAUGAUAUUCAUUUUUUAUCAUUUUAAGGUUCAAAUUUUAGUGUUUUAAUUUCUUUUCUUUUUU